GUCCACAGUGGGGAAACCUUGCUCUCUGCUGUGGGUUGUAGCUGUACUGAACAGAAACCCUCCUCCACACAGCUGAUGAUGAACCUUUAGCUGCCGACGCUACGGAACUGAGCAGCUAGCGGUGUAGCGUCGUUAAAAUAUGUACGAGGAUGCUAGCUAUCCGCCAUAUGAAUGUGCUGUUUUAGAGUGUAGCAAAGGUUUGUUCUGGGACACGGACAGCUCAUGUUAAUGUUCCUCUGUACCUCAACGGCCGUUGAAAUUCACGCGUAGUGCACCGCUGCCUACGUUAGCUAAGUUGUUUAGUUUGACAGCACGAGCAGAGGAGUGUCCAGCUAACGGCUAGCUCGCGGGCUACAACUCAGCCUAGCUAGCUAGUUAGCGGGGUGUUUUGUUAACUACUUUGGUGUCACUCGACAAGGAUUGAACUUCGUGUUUUUAAGUUGAAGGACCCAUGCAAGCCUUAGAUGAGAACUGGACCUGAGCCUUGAGCUCUAUGAUGUUCACAGUGUUUCCUGCUACAUCACUGGACAGCCCCUGGUCCAUUUAACCAUCCCUUUAUUAUCACCACUGAACCAAUCAUACAUCACUGCUAGGGAACAGUAUGUUAAUAUACGCUGACCCCACCCAACCCUCUGGGAUAAAUAUCCCCCAAAACCAAGCUCUCCAAAUGAUAUGAUAGUAGCUGCCUGGAUCACUUACUGUGCCUGCAGGAGCCUUGCACGGGUGCUGCUCUUCCUUUCCUCCUCAGACUCCCUCCCUAAUCCAUUCUGGGAGACCCUCGCCAGUGUUGUUUCCAGCACCGGAAGCAUGGGCAACAGCUGUGUGUGCAGGGAGGAUAGUGACUUGGAGGAUCAUCACCAUGGUUCAACAAGGGCGACUCGAGGACAGGCGAGACGGGUUGACCAUGGCACAGGCGCAGGUGUUGAAGCUGGAGAGGCCCGAAGCAGUCGGCCCAGGGAUCCAGUAAGGCCACCACGCCGAGGGAGGGGGCCCCAUGAGCCAAGGCGGAAGAAGCAGAAUGUGGAUGGCCUAGUGCUGGACACAUUGGCUGUAAUCAGGACACUUGUAGACAAUGACCAAGAGCCCCCUUACUCCAUGAUCACUUUGCAUGAGAUGGCAGAGACGGAUGAUGGUUGGUUAGAGGUUGUCCAGUCUCUCAUUCGAGUGAUCCCUUUAGAUGAUCCACUUGGCCCUGCAGUGAUCACGCUUCUGUUGGAUGAGUGUCCCCUGCCUACCAAGGAUGCUCUCCAGAAACUCUCUGACAUGUUGAGUUUGAGUUCGGCUCUAGCACGACAGGACGCUCUGAACCCUGCAAAACACAGAAACACUACAGCUGUCCUCGGAUGCCUGGCAGAGAAACUGGCUGGUCCAGCCAGUAUUGGACUGUUGAGUCCUGGGACCCUUGAGUAUCUUUUGGAGAGUCUGAGCUCCGAGGCCCACCCCACUGUCAUGCUGUUUGCUCUCAUCGCUUUGGAGAAGUUCUCCCAGACCAGUGAGAACAAACUGACGGUGUCUAAGUCGUGUAUCAGCAAUCGACUCGCUGUCCUGGAGUCGUGGGCAGAGCAGGCUGACUACCUCAAGAGGCAGGUCGGAUUCUGCUCACAGUGGAGCCUCGACAACUUGUUCUUAAAGGAGGGGCGUCAGUUCACCUACGAAAAGGUCAACCUCACAAAUAUCAAUGCCAUGCUCAACAGCAAUGACGUUAGCGAGUACCUCAAGAUCUCCCCAACUGGACUCGAGGCCCGAUGUGAUGCGUCGUCCUUUGAGAGCGUACGGUGCACAUUCUGUGUGGAUUCAGGCGUUUGGUACUACGAGGUGACGGUCAUUACUUCAGGCGUGAUGCAAAUCGGAUGGGCCACAAAGGACAGCAAGUUUCUCAACCAUGAGGGUUAUGGGAUCGGAGAUGAUGAAUACUCAUGUGCGUAUGAUGGCUGCAGGCAGCUCAUCUGGUACAACGCUCGCAGUAAACCUCACUCUCACCCCUGCUGGAAGGAGGGAGAUGCAAUCGGUUUCCUGUUGGACCUCAGCAAGAAACAGAUGAUCUUCUAUUUGAAUGGACAUCAGCUGCCGCCAGAGAAACAGGUCUUCUCCUCAGCAACGUCUGGUUUCUUUGCAGCGGCCAGCUUCAUGUCGUACCAGCAGUGUGAGUUUAACUUUGGGGCCAAGCCUUUCCGUCACCCACCAUCUGUCAAAUUCAGCACAUUCAACGAUUUUGCUUCACUUCUGCCCAGUGAGAAAAUUAUCCUACCCAGACACCGUCGUCUGGCCUUACUGAAGCAGGUUAGCAUCCGAGAUAACUGCUGCACGCUGUGUUGUGACGUCAUGGCUGACACGGAGCUGCGGCCCUGUGGACAUGGUGGGAUGUGUAUGGAGUGUGCCUUACAGUUAGAGACGUGCCCCCUGUGCCGCCAGGACAUCCAGACCCGCGUCAGACUCAUUGCACAUGUGUCCUGACACACUUCCUGCUCCUCCUCCAAUGAGGCGAGACACAUAAGCCCUACAGCCUCGUCGUCCUCCUCCACUCAUCCCCUCUCACCCAACAGAGCUGCAGGGAUGGUGCCACAGUGUUGUGAUGAUACCAGGACUGAUGAUUCUGGUAAGAGGAGGUGACGAUGGAGAGGUGGAGAGGAGAAAUAGAAAAGGGGAUUGAAACUACAGCUGGACCCCUGGGAGCUUUAUCUCAUUUACCAACAUCUCCUCUUUUGUAUCCUUCUGACGACUCACUGCAGAGCUGGGCCAAGAAUCAUCAACAACUUUCUACUCUGUAUGUUUGUCAGAGAAAACAAGAAGUGAGGAGCAGAAAAAAAUUCACCAGAUAAAGACACAAGCAACUUCUCAUCUGCAAGCCCCAGAAUAAGUUGUGAAUCCUUCAGUGACAUGAGGAUCCCACAACAACUAUUUAAUCACAGUCAUCUGCAGAUCUUAACAGGCCGAGUAGCAGAAAAGAGCACGGCCUGUCAUACAGUAUUAAAAACAAGGUACAGAGUCAUUUGAGAUGUUUCUCAGUUUCUUGUUAUGGGUAUCGACAUGCAAACUACGGUAUCCUCAAGGUAGCAUUUUCAUCCUCUUAAAGUUUUACCAUCACCUGUUCUUCGGUUCGCUGCACUGUCUGUACUAACUAAUCACUGCUAGGAUUUGCCUUCAUCAGUAAAGACACCUUAGAGUGAAAAAUCAGAUUUGCUCUUGGUGUUGGAAACUCAAAUGUUUCUCAAUUAAUCUUCGAUGUCAGUUUUUGAUUGGGUUUACGAUAACAAACUGUAAAAACCAAAUCAGACUGAGAUCAUUAAGGACACAAUUGUAUUUUUUCAACAAGUUAAAUAUGGAAUACUUGAAUCUAUAUUUGAUCUUAUUUGAUCUGAUUUUCAUCAUGGCUGACCCUGCUGCUUUGUGUGCUUUGUUGUCUUUACUCAGUUGUGUUGAUGUUUCCUCAGUCUCAGUCAUGUUUGUAACAGCUACAAUAACUAAAGACAGGAAUUGACCCUUUGUUGGCUCUCUGAUUGGUCUGCUGACCCACCAAUCAGAGCGCCCCCUCUCUUAGACAACAUUAAGAUAACAAUUUUGUUAGUGGCAAAUAGACAUUGCUGAGCUACUUCCUGUUAGACAACAUUUAGUUGCUUCAGCUUGAAAGUGUGCUUGGUUGUCUGCAAAAGUGACCCAAGAUAUCCUCAUUGUGUCCUCUUUUAUCCAGUUUUCUUAACCAAAGGUUAAUUAUGAAAAAUAUCUUCAUGCAGAAGCUUGUAGGAAGAGAAAACUGGCUUAAUUCUGACAAAAUGGGAUUUUCUGCAAAUGAUAAGUAGCCAUAAUGUUACUUAAAUACAAACUUGUCAAGGUUAUUUUCCAGUAACGUUAGCAUAAUGAAAUGUUGACAUCAGGGUUCUGUAACGUUAGCUUAAGGCCAGCUCAGACUACACAAAUUUAGACUGUUCGCAGCUUAUUCUUAAAAGUUGGGCCUGAAUACAAGUGUCAGGAAUGACAAACUCUCUUGUAGUUUGACCUAAUCAACAACAGGUCCAAGACGGCCCCACGGCCACAAUUCAACAACACUAGCAUGAAUUGGAUGACAUGUAUCCUGAUGCCUACCAACAGGAGAGCAUUUGUAUCAUCAUUCUCCAGCGGGAUUAUACAAAUCCCCUCCUUUUUCCCUGCAGAGAUUUGAGUACAUAAAGUGAAGCUGCAUUAGCUAGGUUACUUAGGCAAAAUUCCUUUAGAUCAUUAAAUUCAUACUAAAAGUUUUAUCUGAAGGAGGGCCUGUCCAUGUUUAGUUGUAUGGUUGCACAAGUGUUUCUUGUUAGUUGUUUUCUUCUUAUCAUAGCAAAAAAAAAAAAAACAGUUGCAUCACAGAGCACUUCUGUUUUUGCUAUGAUUGACACUCUUUGACCCACCUCCCUGAUGACCUUUUGAACUCGAACACAGUCGUGGAGACAGUAGUGACGACAGCAGACAAUCACCAGUCAGGAUCACAUCCAUACUGUGGUCAGUCUGUCGGCCAAGACUGGACAAGAUUUUUGUUACACAGUCUGACAUGGUGCAAGGAAGCCAUCUAAACCUAAGCAGGCUGGUGCUGAGCUGAGAGAAGAAAUGCUACAGAUCAGGGAAAAACAUCCUGUACACUUCAGGGCUCCAAAAAUCCAAGUUAGUUGUUGCACCAAAGUUGUGUGUGCAUUAAGCAGGGCUUUCUGGAGCAGAGUGUGGGACAAUUUCUAUAGUCUGACAUGGUGCCAUUGUGAAAGAGAUUAAAUCAUGUAGUAUGAGUAAGCCUUAACUAGCAUUUUUAUCAAAAUAGUCACAUUGCAAUUUUUUUUUAAUAUAAUGCAGUUGAAAUUAAGAUGCAAUUAUUCUUAAGUUCCGCAUCUUUUGUAUGUCUUCAAACUAGCAGUAAAUAAUUCCAUAUUAAAACAAACACAAUACUCAUUAGAUUAAAUUUAGGCUUAACAAUUAUGAAAAAAUAUUUAACUGUGAUUAUUUUGACUCUUGCAAAUUCAAUAUGAACUGUUGUAUUAAGGAGAAUAAUCAUUUUCUUUUUCAUUUUUAAUGAGACAAAAAAAUCAAGUAGUGUUUUUUGCAAACUAUUCUAAAAUAACAGGGACACUUGAAUGUUUGUAUGGCAUGUAGAGCAUAACAACUCUGCCUCAAAAAUGUAUUAACCAACAUUUUGACACACAUUUUAAGUUAAAAAUAUUGCAUCUGCAGUGGGCCAUAUUGCACUUUAGUCUAAAUUUCGAUUAGUUGCCCAGCUGUAAUUCAGACCUUAAAGCCACCUAGAAACACAGUCUCUAAAACCGAAAGUGUCUUUGUGAGCAGUCUCCAAAAACUUAAGGGUUUUCUGAAACACUGCACUGAAUAUACUAAAAUCUUAAUUUCACCAGCCUUGUUAGCAGUUGGAGACAAAUUAAAAACCAUUUUACAGCUUUAAUCAUUAUUAUCCUCCAUUGCCUUAACAUCAGUAAAUGUCAUCAAGAUACUUCUCUUUUAAACAUGCCUCUCAUCCACUGAGCCUUGGCUAGUAGGUUCUUAGUCAUAUCACAGUCUCUGCUGUCAUCAGAUGUGUUGUUCUGCUGUCGCUCACACUGUCACCGCUCAGCUUUAAAAACUUUUUCAUUAUUCAGCUGCUCUGUGUGGUGGCUAAAGGAGGCAAAAACCAGAUUUAUUCUUCAUCCCAUCUGCCUUCUACAUGUAUUUUUGCAGAUCAUGUUGCAGUCUGUUGGUGACAUGUCUUAAAAACAAUAUUAUCAUCCAAAACGUGCCGUUGUCACUUCAGAUUUUAAAGGUAUAUUCACAGGAAUCUCUGCAAUCUCGCAACAGAUAUGGAGUUAUCCUCAUACAUCCUGCUGCAUUGUUUUUUCUUUGUUCUUUCACUGAGGCCAAGUUCACUUUCAGAUGGAAAGUAGUCCAGCAAUGAGAGAUUUGUCUAACCUUGCAACAUCAAAGAGGCAGCGGUUAACAGUGGGUCACUUCCUGUUCAGGAUGGGGCAUGACAAGGGGUCUGUUGGUCGUUCUGGAAGUGUUUUCUUUAAUUCCCCAGAAAUUUUGCACACAAUCAGAGAGUCACAAAGGAGAUUAUACAAUUGAAUUUCCUCCCCCAGUUUCUUGGAUUGCUUGAUCGGUGCUUACAAUAUGAUAACAGCUUUUAAUGCAGUGUGACUUUGAGUCCGGCUCACUUGAGGGGCUACAGAAGGAAAUAUGUCUUAAUUUUUUUUCUCUGUCAUGACAAAUAUUUAUGUCUGUACAGAGAUGUCUAUUCAAUCCACAUGCUGUGAUUUAAUUUGUGUUAUAAGUGAAGGCCAACACUGAUUUAAGAAAUAGUGGAGAGGUACUUCAGGGGUUGUUGAUCGUUAAUAAAGUAUUAACUAAAUGGUUGAAGAGAAAUGUGAAAUGUUGAAUAGUUUUCUAAUUAUCUGUUUACUAAGUAUCCCAGUGUCAUUCUUAAUAUAAUGCUUGUGAUUUGGAAUUGAAAUACUUGACAUAAAUUAGCAGAAACUAAUCACAACAACAGCAACAUUGCAGAAAAAGAAAACUAAUGUUGCAGCAACAAAGCAAUGUUACUUGGAUUUCUCAUAUUCAGGAAAGAUCUGAUGUCCAGACACAUUUGUCAGAUGGAUGUCCAUCUCCCUAAAUUCAGGCUGAAUACGAUGUGGAUUUCCUCUUUGUGCUUUUAUAUAACAUCUGCUCUCAGUUUGCCAUUUCUCCAUCUUUCACCUGCAUAGGAACCUCACGUUUUCUAUCUCUGUCCAUUCUUUACUUGAAGCAUCUCUGGGUUGACUUGCAUUCAUAUUCCAAAACCGGCCCCAAAACGGACAUUUGAGAGAUUUCAAGAAAGUUUUUGUGUAAUUUAAAGAAAUUCAAUGACAUUUCAAACUGUAACACUUAAACUUUUGAUUUCUAUUUUUUUGUUUUGGUCAGAUUGUUUACGAAACAGUUUCUUAUCAACCAAAUUGCAUGAACGGGAUCUGUUGAAUCAUCCAGCCUAUAAUCGAAUGAUUUCUAAAAGACAACGUGCAUCUCUCAGUAUGACAAAAAGACUGGUCGGGUCACUGUUUGUUUUCUUGUAUUUCCUGGAGCACCUUAAACACGCAGGAGAGGAAUUCUAAGGUUGGAGCUGAAGUUCAGGAUUGUAGAGAAGUUGUAUUUAAAAACAUCUAUAAAGGACUUUUGCCCCAGAGUUCCCAAAGAUGUGAUUGAUUGGAGAUUUGUUGUUUCCUGGAUUGUGAUAUUUGUAAUAAAUGUAUGUACAUGUGAU